AUGGAUUCAAAUGCAAAGGAAGAGUCCACCGUCGUCGCCAUUGAUAGCGACCGGAACAGCCAACACGCCGUCAUGUGGGCUGUCGAACAUCUUUUGACGAAGAAAUCCUCUUGCACCCUCAUUCAUGUCCGAACUACUACCUUGUAUCCUCAUGAUAUUGAUGCUACCCCUAUACAAGGUCGUCCACCAACCCAGGAAGAAUUGCACCAGUUUUUUCUUCCCUUUCGAGGAUUUUGUGCACGAAAGGGGAUAGUAGCAAAGGAGUUGAUCUUGCAUAACAUUGACGUUCCAAAUGCGCUGACUGAAUACGUCACUUACAACUCUAUCGGCAAUAUUGUUGUUGGUGCUCCCCGCUGGAAUAAUGCUCUUAUAAGGAAAUUUAAAGAGGUAGAUGUGGCAACAAGCUUAGUCAGGUCCUUGCCAGAGUCUUGCAUGGUGCAUGUUAUAUCAAAAGGAAAAGUGCACAAUAUUCGACCUGCAGGUCGUUCUCAAAAUGUUAGUAUCACAGUAACAAAAUCUAUAAAAGACAUUCUUAGUCCCAAGGCAAAUUCUCGGUCCGAAGAUUUAAAAAGAAAAUCAUUCAAGUAUAGAAUUUGGCAAGGCUCAAACAACGACGGGGUAAGUUCUGAUCAAAACAAGGAUGCAACCAAUGGAGAAACUAAUUCACCAAAAUUAUCGGAUGAAAGCAGCUCCUCACAAAAUUCAUCGAAUCGAAGUUCCCUCACAGGUGACACUUCAAGGGCACUUGGUUCUCAAUUGAAUGAGACGUCAAAUGAAAAUCAAGAUGUUGUAGAGAAUUCAAACACUUGUACUUGUAGGAGCAAAUCUUCUAAACAUUCACCUAAAGGCAAUGAGAUAGAAACGGGGAAAUUAAAACUAGAACCGAAGAGUAAAACAAAGAAGUGUAAUAGCUGCAAGGAAGCUGCAGCCGCAAAACAGAAGGCAAUGGAGCUUGAAAAGUUUAGGCAAGAAGAAAGAAACGUAGAAAAAACUAGGCUCGCUGAAGAGGCUACAUUGACCAUGGAAGAGGUAGAGAGGCAGAAAAUAAAGGGCCAGAAGGGAAAACAGAUCGAAACAAGAGCCAAGCAUGAGGAAGAAGAGAGGAACAGGGCAUUAAAUGCAACUGCACAUAACAAAAUUCAAUUUAGAAGAUACAAUAUUAAAGAAAUUGAAGUUGCGACACAUUACUUUGACAAUGAUCUCAAAAUUGGUGAAGGUGGCUAUGGACCUGUUUUUAAAGGGGUGCUUGAUAACACUGUUGUUGCCAUUAAGGCCGUUAGACCAGACCUAACCCAAGGAGAGAAGCAAUUUCAACAAGAGGUUAAUGUUUUAAGCACAAUAAGGCAUCCAAACAUGGUUCAACUUCUAGGUGCAUGCCCAGAGUACGGAUGCCUUGUGUAUGAGUACAUGGAAAAUGGGAGCUUAGAAGAUCGCCUCUACCAGAUAGAUAACACACCACCAAUUCCAUGGAAAGUUAGAUUCAAAAUAGCAUCAGAAAUUGCCACUGGCCUUCUUUUCCUUCACCAAACAAAACCUGAGCCUGUGGUGCAUCGUGACCUCAAGCCAGCAAACAUUCUCUUGGACAUGAACUAUGUGAGCAAGAUCACUGAUGUGGGUUUGGCCAGGCUUGUUCCCCCUAAUGUGGCUAACAAAACCACCCAAUACCAUAGAACAACUGCAGCUGGCACAUUUUGCUACAUUGAUCCGGAGUAUCAACAAACGGGUUUAUUGGGUGUAAAAUCAGAUAUAUAUUCACUAGGUGUAUUGCUUCUACAGAUUAUUACUGGAAAGUCUCCAAUGGGUGUGGCUCACUUGGUUGAGGAGGCUAUAAGCAAAGGAAAAUUUCCAGAGGUUCUUGAUCCAAAUGUCAAGGAUUGGCCCAUUGAAGAGACUUUAUCAUAUGCUAGGUUGGCUUUGAAGUGUUGUGAGAUGAGAAGACGCGAUAGACCAGACCUUGGUUCUGUCAUUUUGCCUCAGCUCAUUCGACUCAGGAAUCUGGGAGAAGCAUCCACUCACACUCAUAUUGUCCCCUCCUUAAAGGUUAGUUAA